AGUCAACCUUCAGAAGCGGAUGGGUACACCGAAAAAUUCAACAGAUGAAAUCAAUUCAAAUAGGAAUGAGAAUUUGGGACAAUUGGAAGAAGAGGGUGAUGAUGAAGAUUCGCUGUCGCUGGAUCUCGAUGAUAUAGUCCACGACGACCUUAUUGGUGAUUUACUCAUUCGUCUAUUAAGCUCACCACUAAUCAGUGACCCGUAUUGGUCCAAACCACCGACAAGCACGCUCAAAAAUAUUGAACCGCCAGCUUAUCUUAAUUUUCGCAUCACCUAUGAAGAGAUUGUGCAUUUAUGUUCAAUGGCAGCAAAAUCGUUCCUCGAACAGCCGGCACUAAUUCGGAUUCAAAAGGACGACUUACCUUUACACAUCGUGGCUGAUUUACACGGUAACAUAGCUCAAGUGUUACGGGUGUUCAAGUACUGCGGCAUACCUCAGAAAGAUUCGUUCCUAUUUUUGGGAGAUUAUGUAGACAGGGGUGUUCAGGGGAUCGAGGUCAUAACACUGCUGUUUUGCUUAAAAAUACGCUACCCCUACCAGGUCUAUCUUCUCCGAGGAAAUCAUGAAGAUGCAAACACCACCCUAAACUAUGGCUUUUUCGAUGAAUGCAUCACUAGGUGGCCUUCCAAUGGGAGAAACCCUAAAGGAGGAGAGAGAGUGUGGCGUCACUUCUUGGAAGCGUUCAAUUGUAUGCCAGUAGCCGCCAUAAUUGCUGGGAAGAUUUACUGCGCACAUGGUGGUAUAUCACCUUUCAUUGAAAAGUUGGAGGAUAUAAAUAAGAUAAAACGUCCUUCUGUUGUGCCUGCUUACGGUAUCAGCUGCGACUUGUUGUGGUCGGAUCCAUCGCCCCAACGAGAUGGUUGGGUGCUUAGCCAUAGAGGAAUUUCGUUUUUAUUUGGCCCGAAAGCGGUGGAGGAAUUUUGCCAAAAACAUAACAUCGAGUUGAUAUUGAGAGGACAUCAAAUUAAUAAUGAGAUGUACAAAAGCGGUUAUCGAUUUCAUUUCAAUGGACGACUCGUUACUCUCUUUUCUGCUCCAAACUACAUGAACUACAAGAAUAACUCGUGUGUUAUUACCGUCAAUAAGCAGCUCGAAUUGAAGUUCACUGUGUUCCGAUGCCGGUACUAUCAGAUGGGCAAAAAGAAAAAAGCAGCUAAGGAAAAGAAAAAGCCUACGAACGGCAGUGGUAGCGUGGAUGACGACGCUGAUGGCAGCCAUUGCUCGUCUCCACAGCAUUCAUCGGCGGAUGUCAGUUCAGGUGUCGAAAAGUCAAAAAAGUACAAAGGCGAAGGCGGAGAAAGCGCUGCGCCAAACGCAAUAUCCCCGGAUGUUCGUUAUACGGAAAAAGAAACGUCAUACAAAUCGAUGAAGGCGUCCAAAUUUCCUAGUAAAAGCCAAUCCCGCCGUAAUGAAUUCGUCCAAUGGGCUAAAAUGAGGGACAAGCGUACUCCAAGAUUGUCACCGCUACGAAACCCUGCGGAGAAAACGAAACAUUAGAUUACCGUGCUCGCUGCUAAUGGACAAC